AUGAGUGAUAAAGGACGCAGUUUCAUAUCAAAAGAUACCGAUUUUGCAGCUCAUAGCUCUCAUUCUAUAGGUUUCAUACCUAAAGUUAGGAAAUUUUCAGAAAGUACAUCAUCUAUAAAAAUUGACGAAAACAAAUUUCAUAAGACUCAAACACUACCAACAGAGAAAAAAAGAUACAAAAAGUCCAAAAAUAAAUUAAUAGACGAGCUAAAUGAACUAAAAUUGCUUCCAUUAUAUGGUCAAGCCCUUGAAGAAGCUAUUCGGCUAGAAAAAGAGCUCGCACAGGGCAAAACAGUUGACAUAACAUUUAGCAUGCACUAUAACACAGCGUUUGGAGAAAGAAUGAUCAUUCUAGGAGGCCACGAAGUCAUGGGAAAUUGAAGGUCCGACAGAGCUUUAGAUCUUGAAUGGACAAAUGGGAAUAUUUGGAAAGCAACUAUAAGCCUAAGCCAGAAGUCAAAAGAUAUAGAAUACAAAUACGCAAUUGUGAAAGGAAAUCUCGUGAAAUGGGAAGGAGGUGAUAACAGGAUUCUGAGGCCAAGUGAAGCUAUACAAUCUGGGAAUAGGCUACUGCUUAAUAAGUUCGAUAUUUGGAGAAGAUAA